AUGUCUACCGAUUUCACUGUCACCGAGGAGAUUGCUGGUGUUACUGUAGAUGUUACUAGUGUUCCUACAGGAACCCUUGUUGCCCAAUCGGCUUCUUCAAAUCCUAUGGAUGAUCCAUUUACUCUCAACACUACUGAUUAUGCUGUUAACAAGCUUAUUUCAUUAGUGCUCACUGGGGAAAGUAACUGUCAUGUGUGGAGUCGCACUAUGCUUACUGCCUUGGAGGGUAGAAAUAAAUGUAGUCUGGUCGAUGGUACAUAUCCGACACCAGUUUCUGCUGAUUUACGUUUCACUUCGUGGCGACGCUGUAAUAGCAUAAUCGUAACUUGGUUGCUCAACUAUGUUUCACCGGAGAUUUCCAACAGUUUAUCUAGCUCUACGACUGCCCGUGACCUCUGGUUGGAUUUGAAAGGGAGAUAUGCCGCUUCAGAUGACACACGGGUGUAUGAACUUCGUCAAGCUUUGGGAGAGACUCGUCAAGGAACUAUGAAUGUUACGGAAUACUACACCAAGCAAAAGGGGUUCUGUUAUGAGUUGACUUACUAUAACACUAUUCCUUAUUGUAGUUGUGGUGCCAGGGCACAACUACAACGCUAUCAACAGAAGGAAUACACCAUGGCUUUCUUAAUGGGCUUAAAUGAGUGUUAUUCCACUGUACGUAACCAAAUGUUAUCCAUUGAUCCACUUUUAAGUGCUGCACGAGCUCUUUCCAUGGUUCUUCAUUUUGAAAGGCAAUUGAUGCACAAACCACAUUCUUUUUCUUCCAAUGACAUCUCUGCAAUGGCUGUUACGCAAUCCACUCCGGUUGACAUCGGACAAGGGAGUUCAGCUACUCCUCAAGGGGGUAAGAAACCUUUGAGUUGUAACUACUGUCAUAAGCAGGGACACAACAUUGAUAAAUGCUACAAGUUGCACGGUUACCCUCCAGGACAACCUCGACAACAGUCUCGUUUUGGCAACAAGCCACGAAAAUGA